AUGGUCUGGAAGAAGAGCUCUCUGCUGGUCGCAUUGACAUGCGCAGCCACCACUGUGGCUCUGCCUUCUCCGUCUCUCCCAGAUCAUGUCAAUGCCAAUCAGGGCAACCAUGGAGGAUGGUGUCCGAUAAUUGGGAAGCCCGAGUCGAACUGGCGCAAUGGUCCUCUUGCCGAGAUUGUACGCUUGGUUGAAAAAUGUCCUCAGGGCCGUCCCUUCUGUCGUGAAUUGAUCCUCGAGGAAUGCGAGGUGGUUACCAAAGUCGUCAAAACAGUUACUCCCGCCGCAGCUACCGUCAAGGUUACCAAGACCAUCACCGACCAUCCAGAGCAAGUGACGACCAAGACAACGACAGAGCAUUGUCUGUCAACGAUAACCAAGUCUGCCCACACCAGUACGCGCCAUUCAACUUCGAUUGUGACCCAUACUGUCCCGAAGACGGUGACGGAUUGGUCGACCCUAACCUCUACUAAGGUUUCAACUGUGUUCCUGACCCAGCCGGACCUUGAAACCAUCACUAUCCCUGUUACAAGCUUUAUCACAAGCACAGUCACCGACGAGAUCACUGACUAUGCUGCUGCCACGGUCACUGAGUCGUUCACAGACACGACUACUAGAACAUUUACAAACACCAUUACUGACUACUCCACGGCCAUGGUGACUGCUUUUAUCACGGAGCCAGCGACUGUCUAUAUCAGCAAUUUAUAUACUGACCUCGCCACUGCCACAAUAACCAACUAUCACACGGAAACCAUCACCCUUUCCUAUACCGAUACCGCCACAGCGACAGCAAUAAAUACAAUACCGUCCACAACGACACAGGAAGUAGAUGUGACUGCGACAAAUACCGUGUCCCAGACUAUCAUCAAUACUGAUUUGGAAACUGCAACCAACACUAUCUCCGCCACUGAGACCGACUACACAACUCUAACCUUCACCACGGUGGAAACUGAUGGGGUCACAGUAACCGCCACCGCCGUUGUUACACUCGCUCCAGCGAAGAGAGAUGUGGUUGAGGAGCGUGCCGCAAGGACUACUCCCUCUGCCCUAAGAGGCAUCCAUGCUACUCAUCUGCAAAGUGCAUGCGCUUUCUUGUAUUUCGAGGAAUGGGUCUCAACAGUGUAUACCACCAAGACAUUGGCUCGGGCUACUGUUACCCAAACGGUCACCACACAUUCCGUGGAACCCAGGAUACAUACUGUCUACAUGACAAAGUUUACCACGGACUUUGUGACCAAGACAGCCCCCGGCACGUUGACCACGGUCAAGGCUGAUACAGUCACGACCGAUAUCACAAAGACAACAACUAUCCCAGCGACGUUAACUGUCACCGCUUGCUCGACCACCACUGCCACCGAUAUCGCUACUGUGACUAUGACUGUCGAGAAUCCCACCACGGAAACCAAAGUCAUCACCGCUAUAGUGACUAGUGAUAUCACAACUCCCACUACCCUUGACAUCACAGCCCAUGAGACCGCCUCUGUAACUGAAGAUGCCACUGUUGACAUAACCAAUACUGUCACAACCGAUAUCACCACCACGCAAACCAAUACAGAGACGGUCGAUAUCACCACUAGCGAGACUACUAUCCAGACUGCCGAUAACACUGCUACUGAGACAACAUCAGUGACAGCUACCGAGACCUCCACAGUCACUGUUGAUGUGACUGAAAUAGCAACUAUAACAGCAACUUCUUCGUUUACCGUCACAGCCACUGUGCCCGUCACUGUUGAAACCACCAUCUCCAACACUGUUGAUGUUACUAAAACGGCGACUACCACUUCCACCAUCGACGUGACCAUCACCCAGACAGUCUCAACAACUACCACAACCACUAUCACGUCCACGGCGACUAGCUCCGCCAAUUGUAACGUGAACAUCGUCUCAAAUCCCAAUUUUGACAGUGCAACCUUAUCACCCUGGACAUUCUUUGCUGUUGGGGGCGGAAGAUACAAGUUUGUCUCUGGCGAGACCACAACCUACGCACUCGAUCUCUACUCCAUCGAUGUAGGAACGACCAUUGCGGAAAUCUCCCAGGUGCUUACCACUGUCCCCGGACAAACGUACACCUUUUCGCUGGAUUACAACGUUAUCUCGAGCACCGUUCAAUCCAACAUGUUUUGCGGGCUUACUGACUCUACCACGACAUACUUCACGGUCCCCAUCGAUACAGCCACCAAAUCCGAAUGGCAUACAUAUCAGAAUACUUUCCAGGCAUCGUCGGAGAGUACCACCCUUCUUUGCAGGUUGACAGCAGGCACUAUUAUGUCGCUUUAUCUUGAUAACAUUUCUCUGGCACAGUCAUGUUGA